AUGAAUAAUUCGUCGACAUCGUCGACAUCCCCUCUGUCUGAACAACGUCUUGUAGAAUUCAAGCGCAUCGUAGAAGGAUAUUUAUUAUCAAUCGUAUGUAUAUGCGGCUUAUUAGGCAAUGCAUUAACAUGUGUGAUAUUAUCCAGCCGUGUGAUGCGUACGUCAACGACGAAUAUCUAUAUCUUUGCAUUAUCAUGCGCAUCAUCGUGUGUUCUCAUUGGAUUUUUAUUAACUCACGGUAUUCGUUCGACAUUUCAUGCUGAGACAUUCUAUCGACACAUAUUCACAACAAUUUUUCCUAUACAUUUAACAUGUUUAUUGAUUCAAAUCUACUUGACAGCGACUGUUGCUGUUGACCGUUUUAUCCUCAUCUGCUUUCCAUUUCGAGGCCAGAAAUGGCGUAGUCCACGACAUGCGAUGUUUGUUGUUCUGGGUGUCUCCGUCUUUUGUAUUAUAUACUGCGUGCCAUUUUGGUUUGAAUUUACUCUCGUUGUACGAAAUAACACGAAAGUCAUAGUCAUGUCCAAGAUAGGUGUGAAUCCUUUAUUUCGAGCACUGAUGCGUAAAUAUCUUUACUUUGUAUUUGUUUUCCUUAUUCCAUUAUCGACGAUUAUUAUAUGUAAAACCAUGAUCAUCAAAAAACUCUACACGGUUCGCCAACGUAAACGUUUGCUAGGAACAUCAUCGAAGCAGAACCGUUCAUCCAACGCGAUUAAUUUCCUUCUAUUAUCAAUUGUUUUUGUUUUUCUCGCCACACAAUUACCGUACUUCGUUUUCAACGUGCUCUACGCAUGGAUCGGUCCGAGUUUAAUGGCCAAUUUACGUGCAAGACAAUAUCUAGCUAUAAAUAACCUUCUCUCUGUCAUCAACGCAUCAUCGACAUUCAUACUCUACGCGUUCUUUGACCGAAAAUUCCGACAAGUCGGUCAACAUUUUCUAUUGUGUCAACCAUUAUCACCUAGUUUUGAUAAUCAAGGUGGUGCCACGAGGAUAUUAACCUCGAAUCGUAAUCCAAGUUUUUUCUUCUCGAAUAGCAAAUCCUCCCGUUCAUCGAUACAUCUCCUGAAAAACUACCGUUACUCUUCGACUGUAAAUAAUAAUUUGAAAGAUUUUAAUAAAAAUCAAUUAUUCGACAAUAAAAUGUCCUCGGCGAAGAGUGCUCCACUUUUCGAAGAGAAUGAACAACGACCGACAUACAACUGA